ACAAAUUUAAUGUAACACACAGCGAGUAGUUGAUGUGCGAAUGGUCAUUUUGAAAGUGAAGUAUUCUUUUAACGUUUAUGGAGGUCUUUAUUAUGAUAUAUGAGAUGAAUUUUACUUUCUUUACAUCAACAGGUGAAACUGGUUGGAAGCCAGUGGGUAAAGGGAAGGAACUAAAGGACCCAGAUCAAUUGUACAGCACUCUAAAAACCAUCCUCCAACAUGUGAAGAGCCACCAGAAUGCCUGGCCUUUUAUGGAGCCAGUGAAGAAAACAGAGGCUCCUGGGUACUACCAAGUCAUUCGCUUCCCCAUGGACCUUAAGACAAUGAGUGAGCGUCUGAAGAGCAGGUACUACACGACACGCAAGUUGUUCAUGGCUGACAUGCAGCGCAUCUUCACCAACUGUCGUGAAUACAACCCUCCAGAGAGCGAGUACUACAAGUGCGCCAACUUACUGGAGAAAUUCUUCUACACCAAGAUCAAAGAAGCAGGCCUCAUUGAGAAGUAGGAGAGAGGAAAAAGUUGAGACUGUAGAUGGCUAAAGUUAAGGCGUGAUGCAAAAGACAGCUACAUGCAUGAAGAAGGUAAGAAAAGGACUACUGAUUCGGGAGCGGUGAGGUUUCAGAAACACAUAUCUUACAUGUAAAAGGUGCGAACGGGUCUCAGAUCAUCACUCGUUUGAUGUUUGAUGCAUGCCGGCCCAGUUCCUGAAUCAGUAGCACAGACUGAUAUUAACACUGAAAGAAAGGCCACAAGGGAAGGCCUCACUGAAGGCCUGCAGGACUGUUGCUGACAUUGAGCAAAAGAAGCAUCGUGUCUUCAUAUUUCAUCACAUAUCCCAGAGUCCCAUGGAAUACCAGGACAGUGGAAGGUGUGAUAGUGAUACAUAUUAAACAGGACAGAAAGCUUCCAUUAUUUUUUUUGUGUUGGACGUUGGACGUUUAAACACAGAAUGACAGCUGAUUGGAGAUUCACCAUCCACCUUACUUUGUCUCUCUCCAUCUCUUCUUCUUUCUUUUCAUAGUUCAUCCCCAGCCUUUUUGAGUGUCUGCCUCAUCCUCUCAGUUGACUCAGGUAAAGAGCAGUAACCACAUUGACAUUGUAUUUAGUCAUUAUCCAAGUGUUACCUGUGAGGAACGUGACUGAGAGAUCAGGUUUUCCUGUCUAUUUAACUUCGUUCCUGUGAGUGUGCACAGCGUUAAUGAGGUCAAAGUUUGUCUGCGAUGAGUUCAUCCUGCCAAAAGAAGAGUACAUACUUUAAAUUUGUACAGAUUUUAAUUAUUUUAAAGCACUUCUACCCACUGUAUAUUUUAAAUGUGUAUAUAACAUAUAUUUUAUGUUUCAGAAAAAAACAAAUCUUUUUUCCCCCAAUAAGCCACAUAGGGCAGUUUGAAUAUCAAAAUGCACUUUUAUUUUUCCAAGUAUUAGGUUACAUGAAUAGCAUCUUUUCUUCAGAAUUUUGUUUUACAUAUAAAUUACAGCUGUUAACUAAGGACUAAUUCAAUUAUCUAGAGUUUAUUCUUAUUUAUGUUAUGUAAUUUAAAAGAAUUACGCUUAAGACAAGGUCUUAAUUUAUUUCUUAUUUUUGUCCUGCAGAUGGAGAUUGAUAACUUUAUACUUUGGAGAUAAAUGAAAAGAUUGUGCAAUACGAUGUAGUUUUGCUGUUUUGUAAAAAGGUGUUUGUACUUUUCAAACUUUAGGACAGAAAAUACAUUUUGUAAUAUGUCUGGGAAAAUUAUUUCAUGCUCUUUGUACAACUGGUUUUAAUGACAUAGUAUUAGCCUAUUUUAUAGACUGAAUAAAACAGAA